CGUCCCCCCCCCCCCCCUCUCCUGCGGGUAUCUUUUGUUUCUUCCUGUUGGAGAAGAUGGCCAGACUAGCCUUCAUCAUUCCAAGAACGCACCACCCUGCCGUGCAUGAUUAUCACUAUAUCACUUUUAGUGCGGGUCUCACUUUGCAUAAGCACCUAGUUAAUUCCCACUGCACGCCUCCCGUGCUCGCUGCGGGUGUGAUUGUCAAAGAUCGGAUCUCCAGGCCCUUGCCUCCUGUCAAAUCUAAGAUAAAUAUCCUCCUUGCUCUCCAUCCCCCCUCAGUUGCAGCAGUGGAUGCUAUCACAUCUUUUUUACGUUUCCUUUUGCCCAACUGUCAUUCAACCUUUUUUUUUCUUUUUCUUACUUCUUCCCCUCUUUUCGUUCCUUUGCCUAGGUACUUAAGGACUGCCCCCCUCGAUAGUCUUGUCUAAAGAAGGUUGGCAUCCUGUUCUAGGGAAGAGCUUCGAAAGAUACCCCAACGGCUAGAAGCUUUGAGAAUGGAAAAUACGGUUGUACCCAAUUACCUUCAGGAAUCCUCGUUAUUGGCGCCUGGUCUUUUAUACCCUGCCUUUUGCAUCACGUGUGUUCUGGUCUUCUUCUAUCGCAUUAAACGUCAACGGCGUGAGUGGUAUAGACCGCCAGGGAGGCAAAUGGAUUCGAAAUCUCUUCCCCCUGGCAAGUCUAGUGGCAAACAGCCAGCUGCCACUGCGGGUCAACACAUGUCUACCAGCGGGAACGUGACGGCCUCCCCCUUUCCCUCUGCUUGUGAUGUUUUACGGCCACUGUCCCAAACCACGUCGCUGCCUUCUAGUGGCCAUGUCGCAGCUACUGUCUUGGGACAAAAGAACCAUGAUCAGGCACAACCGCCUCGCCCCACUGGCACAUUACCUGCUGCCCACUCGCACUCGCUUUCCAAUCAGUCAUCGUCCACGGGUUCAGAAGCGACUAGACGCCCUAGUGACUCAUCUGAGGGUUCUGGAGAUGAAAGCCGACAGCACCCGGUUUCGCUCUCUGCGGCAGCUAGCCAGCCCAUUGAAGAAAGCCAACGACCAGCCCCCGGUACGCCAGACUCCAAUCGAAGACCGGUUCAAAAGAAUAAUGAGACGACCCAAAAUCUGUAUGAUGUAGAUACAGAUGGGGUCCGAACAUGGAAACGAUUGAUCGUCGAGUACAAUUGAUGGGGGAGGGGGGGGGGCGUCGUCGUCUGACUUUCUUUUCUUUUUUGUCCAUUCUUCUCUAAUGACGUCUGUUGAUUGGCCUUGAUGAUACAUGAUCUGGUAUAAGCGAAGGGCCACAAAAACUAGGGCCUUCAAAAUUUUUGGGUGGUGGUGUGCUUUUUCCCAUUGAACAUCUGUAUUUACUUUUUGACGAUCACCUAGUACCCAUAGUACUAACUAACGAUUUCCGCUGAGUUGAGCUGAAUAUGAUGCUUUUACCUUUU